CACUUAGUCCAUUUACAUGUAGGUAUCGACAACAAAAAGUUCACGGAAAACAUAAUAUAGAAUUCAAGGGAGUUUUUAUGUACGGAACGCGGACAUUCGUUCUUGUUUGUGUGGUAUGGAUGUAAAAAUCCAGUUCUAAAUGAUCCAUGGCACCCAAAAAGUGAAUGAAAUCAUCAGAAUCUAGAGAUAACUUGAACGGUGAGCAAGAAAAGGUCAGGAGUGAACGCAGGAAAGUAUUUGCCAGACAUGUCUGAUUUUAAGAAAAAAACCAGUCGAACAAAAAUAGACCCUCCAACAAAUAACAGAAAUCCACCGACGAAUAGAAGAGAUCCACUGAGAAAUAGAAGAGAUACGCCAACAAAUAACAGAGAUCCGCCAACAAAUAAAAGAGAUCCACCAACUUAUAGGAAAGAUCCAAUGAAUAAGAAAGAAAAAACGGGAAGAGACGGUAAAAGAUCGGUGAGUCUCCCGCCUCUGAAAACAGAGAGAAGUUCCAGGAAGGUGAACCGUGCUCCAGAGUGGCAAAAGCGUCCUUGGAGCUUAGAACCAUCCAGGGACAUCUGUAAAACUGAACAGUCAAGAAGUACUCGUGACAAGAUGUCAAACUUUAAGCCUCACACCACUUCCCAAAGCGAGUUGUGGUCUAUUUACAAUGCCAAACCAAGGUUUCCGACACCUUACCGCCCUGACAGCUCUUUCUCGAUGAAGUCCAAUUCCUCCCGCCCCAGUAGCAGAAGUUCGAGCAUUCAGAAAUGGCACAAAGAUACCGAGGCUGCCUACGACACGGUAAGCCAGAGGAGUCUGCGCUUUGAGAAACAUGUCAAAAAACUUGCUUCCGUCACAACCAAAUUCGAUAGAGAUGCUGAGAGAGCUAGGAGAGAAAGGGAACGUAAGAAUAAAGAAGAUAGGGAAAAGCUUUUGAAAGAUUUAAAGGAAAAGAGAAGGGACUUUGCAGUGAGAAAUUAUAAACGUGUUCACCAACAGUUUGUUUCGCCAAAAGUUUUAGAACAUGAAAGGGAUGAAAGAAACAGUUAUGGCCUUCCUAAAUAUUUAUUGUUUGAUGUCAAGCAUCCGAAAGCCAAACCAAAACCAGACAAUUCAAAGUCUCAGACUCCAAGAAUUCAAAAACAUUCACAACUUCCCGCCAGUACAAAGAUUGCCCUCAACACGGACAAGAAAACUCAACAACAGAAAAACAAUACAACCAACAGGUCAGGCGAUUUUCGAUCUGCAAGUCGGCAAAAGGAGUACCAGGAGUUGUACAAGAUUUAUUGUAUCCCUGGCAACAGCAGACUCCGAGACUGGGCCAAAGAGGAGAAUGCUGCUCUUGCAAUAGCAUUCAACAGACGAUCACGAUACACAGAAAAACCUAGACCAAGCACUCUACCAUCACUGAGGACUAAUAUUUACAAUUCGCCGUAUGUAAACAACAACAAAUCACAGAGACUCGUGCCAGUUCAUUGAAGAAGAAAGCAAUAUAGUCUCUUGAAAACCAAUGAAAACAGCAAAAUAAAUGAAAACAGCAAAAUACUAGUAGUCUCUUGAAAACCAAUGAAAACAGCAAAAUAGUCUCUUGAAAAGCAAUGAAGACAGCAAAAUAGUCCCUUGAAAACCAAUGAAGACAGCAAAAUAGUCCCUUGAAAACCAAUGAAGACAGCAAAAUAGUCCCUUGAAAACCAAUGAAGACAGCAAAAUAGUCCCUUGAAAACCAAUGAAAACAGCAAAAUAGUUUUUCGCAAACCAAAAGGUACAAAAGGAGGACUGAUUUGUAGAACUGAAGCUUUUUUAAAUUGCUACAUGUAUUUGUUACAGUCAUCUAAGCAAGAGCAUUUUGAUGCCACCCAUGUAAGCAUGUCAGACAGAAUGUUUUAAUGUAUUUUAGUUAUUAACAUGUAGAACAAUAGGUGAUUUAACUUAAUUAAUACAGAAUGUAUUAGAUAAG